UCGCCAACUUGCUACAACUCAACGCCUUCUUCUCCAUCUUAUAAGGACCUAACGUAGCAUUAUGUUGCCCAUACCAUUCACUUGAGCUAGCACUCGGCUUUUGGUGAAGUAGCUCUGCACACACGUGUACAACAUGGCCUCGUGGACUGCAAGGCAAAACAAGAAGUUCGAAGAGGCUUUGGCGUUAUAUGACAGAGACACACCUGAUCGUUGGCAUAACAUUGCAAGGUGUGUAGGUGGAAAAUCAGCUGCAGAAGUGAAGAGGCAUUAUGAAGUACUUGUGAAGGAUAUCAUGCAAAUAGAAAAUGGUCAAGUACCUUUACCAAAUUACAAUGAACAUAGGCUUCUGAAGAACCUGAAGCUACAGUGAGAACAAAUUUCGCGGCCACGCUGAAUAACAUCACAAGUUCUCUGUUAUAUUUGCAAAUGCAAAAGGCAUAAAUUGUGAAUUUAUGUCUUAAGUUUUUCAAGUAAGCAAAAUGUAUUAUGACUAUUGUUGUUCAUCUCUAUCCAUUUAACUUUUGUUUUACUGUUGUAAUGUUUCUCAAACGCGUAAUAUAAUGUCUACUUCACUUUCAUGUUAGUGUAAUAUGUUUGAUAAAAUAAAACCAAAAUUACAUGCUUUACGGUCUGAA